AAAAAAAAAAAAGUAUACAGGUUGAUUUUAUUUUCAGCGAACGGAGAGGCUGUCGGUAAAAGAUGGCGUCUAAAGCUUUACGGGUAGUUGUGGAGAAGGCCGUGCCGGCGGCGCGGCGCCAAGCCUUAACAUUGACGGAUGCUGCCGCUGAUAGAAUACGGCAUCUAUUACAGAUGCGGCAGCGCUCGUUCCUCCGCCUUGGCGUCAAGGCUCGUGGCUGCAACGGUCUAUCCUACACCCUUAAUUACGCAGAUGAGAAAGGGAAGUUUGAUGAGUUGGUUGAAGAUAGAGGUGUAAAGAUAUUGAUUGAACCAAAGGCUCUGAUGCAUGUCAUUGGAACAAAGAUGGAUUUUGUAGAUGAUAAACUAAGAUCUGAAUUCAUCUUCAUCAAUCCAAACUCUAAAGGUCAGUGUGGUUGUGGAGAAUCCUUCGUGACAAGCAGUGCGAGGGCAUCUAAACAAGAUAGCAGUUAAGAAUUGGGAAGAACUUAUAGUUGCUGAAUUCUUUCUCUGCAUGAUAGAUGUUGAUUCACCAACACAAACACACUGAGGUUGACGGGGUAUCACUUUUAGAAGAAAGUACCUCAUCACAAAUUCGGUGAUGCAGCGAGAUACACAGAUGUAGUUACUUUUUGUUAGGCAACCACAGUAUGUACCAUUUCUUGGAAAGUGUAGCCCUCGAUGCUUUCUAUUUUUUCUAUUUUCACAUUAGUUUUUUUAACAAAAACAUUCAAUAGACAGCUAAUAAAUCUUUGUUGUGGAU